GGGAGGAGUCCGUGAGUCCGCUUACGUAUCGCUAGACGUGGUCACAAUUUCGACGGUCGCAGAUGUCGGCGUUACACCGGGGGGGGGGGGGGACUGACAACUGCUCGGACCACUGGGAGGAUGUGUUGAUAGUGGCGGCGUUGGCCGAACUUUUCUCCAUUGGUCCGUAUUUCUUAAAUAUACCCGGGCGGACAGAAACCCGCAUGUCCUUCACUGCCCCGCCCCCCCAAGGUAGAAAGCGUGUGUAAAGAAACGGCGUCUUUCAAAUCAAGGUGAACCCCCCCCUCGCGCCGCUUUGACUCUGCUCACGCUCAAUGUGGAGCCGAACGAGCGACUGCGAGUCCUGCAUCUCAUCACCGCCAGCCACCGCUGCUGCUGCGUGGGGUGUUAUUUUUGGCUGUGCAGGGUCUGAACGGGGCCUCCGCCAUGACAGGUGACAGGGCAGUGGUAUGGAGGGGACUGGCUUGGGUGAAGCAGUUGGCUGGUAAGACUCGAACCGGCGGCCUGUGCUGUGUCAGGACCCAGAGCAUCAUAAACUUCCAUCACGCCUCUGCCGCCGCCGCCGCCACGGUGUGCAGUACCAGCUCAGCAAGGGGGGUAUUUAAGGAACGGCGGAACGCCUGCAUCCACACAGUCCCAACAACACCGUCUCAUAAAUACUCCACCGUGGGAGCAGCUUUCAGCUGCUACCACCGCACACACACCGGACCGGGGACCUGCGCCGGAAAAGCCGGGGUUAAAGGCCAGCAGUACCCGAGAUGCUGGUCAUGCCGGCCCUUCUCCGGACAGACCGCGUUACUCAGCCAGGACAACUCCUCGGUAGGACGGCUGACGACAGAGGACAUCGACAAAGCCAGGAACGCCAAGAAGACGGACUCCAAGCAACAUAAACAAGUGCUCAGCGAAAGAGCCAGAGAGCGUAAGGUGCCUGUGACCCGAAUAGGAAGACUGGUCAAUUUUGGUGGCCUUGCAGUUGGCCUUGGCAUCGGGGCAAUAGCCGAAGUGGCGAAGAAGAGUCUGAAGGCCCAGCAGCCGCAGGGUGGAGAUAAGAAAUCCAUUCUGGACUCAAGUGCUUUUCUCUCAGAAGCCAACGCUGAACGAAUUGUGCGAACGCUGUGCAAAGUUCGGGGUGCCGCCCUCAAACUGGGGCAGAUGCUCAGCAUUCAAGAUGAUGCCUUUAUCAAUCCUCAGUUGGCCAAGAUCUUCGAGCGCGUUCGACAGAGUGCAGAUUUCAUGCCCACUAAACAGAUGAUGAAAGCCAUUAGCAGCGACCUGGGCCCAAACUGGAGGGACAAACUCGAGUACUUUGAGGAGAAGCCGUUUGCUGCUGCAUCCAUUGGUCAGGUGCACUUAGCCAAGAUGAAGGAUGGAAGAGAGGUGGCCAUGAAGAUACAGUAUCCUGGAGUUGCCAAGAGUAUCGACAGUGACGUGAACAACAUCAUGACUGUUCUGAGUAUAAGCAACGCACUGCCUGAAGGUCUGUUUCCUGAACACCUGAUAGAGGUUAUGAGUCGGGAGCUGGCCCUCGAAUGUGAUUACAUAAGAGAGGCAAAAUGUGCCAAAAGAUUCCAAGAGCUGUUGAAAGAUCAUCCCGUGUUCUACGUGCCCGACGUGAUUGAUGAGUUGAGCAGCCAACAUGUCCUUACGACAACGCUUGUGUCCGGCUUUCCUCUGGACCAGGCCAAUGACCUCUCUCAGGAACUCAGGAAUGAGAUUUGCGAGCAGAUCUUGAAGUUGUGCUUGAGGGAAAUUUUUGAGUUCAGGUACAUGCAGACAGAUCCAAACUGGUCCAACUUCUUCUUCGAUCCACAAAUUCACAGAGUUGCACUGUUAGAUUUUGGAGCCACACGAGGAUUUGAUAAGAGUUUUACCGAUAUCUACAUUGAGGUCAUCAAGGCGGCUGCAGACCAGAACAGAGAAGGCGUCCUGCAGAGAUCCCGAGACAUGAAGUUCCUCACAGGAUACGAGUCAAAGGCGAUGGAGAACGCCCACGUGGACGCGGUGAUGAUCCUCGGCGAGGCCUUCUCCUCGGCGGAGCCCUUUGACUUUGGCUCCCAGAGCACGACGGAGCGCAUCCACAGCCUGAUCCCGGUGAUGCUGCGGGAGCGGCUCACCCCGCCGCCUGAGGAGACCUACUCCCUCCACCGCAAGAUGGGAGGCUCCUUCCUCAUCUGCUCCAAACUUGGCGCCAAAAUCUCCUGCAAAAACAUGUUCCAGGAGGCUUAUGCCAAGUACUGGACCAGCAGCUGAGC